CUGGCCGCACAGGCCCUCAUUUGUUUUGAAACUAUUUCAUGAUUUGUUCGCGAAAAUGUUUAAAAAACUAAAGCCCGGUGAAAGUGAGGAUGAUAUCCUGCGGAUGUCUGCCGAGUUCAACGCCGAAAGAGCAAAGAAUCCUGGCUUCCAACCGGCGGCGGCUUUUGUGCGUGCAGACAGAGCUCCCAAAAAGUCAAUGUUUGCCCAGAGACGAGAGCAGGCAAAGCUUGGACGUGUUACAUCGGUUCCAGAGAAACAACAGGAGGAGAAUGCUCUGCCAGCUGAAGAAGUAAAAGUACAGUCAACAAGUGUCCCGCCAGAAGUUACCGGAACGCCAGUCGCACAAAUAUUAAUGGAUGAAAUUCAGGAAAACAUUCUGGGCGAUGUAAAAGGUAGGAAGAUGAAUGCCACUUCCAUUAAAAAUGUCCUGGGGGAAAUUGUGGAAAGACCUGAAGGAGAACGAAGGCCAUCUGCACCCAAUCGGGCAAUCCCUAGCAAGCCUCGCAGUAUAUUUGGCCGCCAAAUACUAGAGGCAAGCUCACAAGCUACAGAAGUAUCAAAGGCCAAGACGGAUUCCGCAGAAACUGAUAGAAGUUCCCUGGUAAAAGACUCCAAAAUGGCCCAGGAAAUACAUGAGGAAAACCUUAAUGUAAUCCACCAAAUGAGUGAACAGGAUAUUCUGGCUGAGCGAGAAAGAUUGUUGGCUUCGAUGGAUCCCUCUCUGAUUGCCUUGCUGACCAAGAAACGCCAAACUAGGGAUAAACCAGUUGAUAAAAAGCAAUCUCCGGUGCUCAUUGAGGCUCCUGCACAACCACCGAAAGCCACACAGUCAUCCAGCGAAGCACCAUCCACCUCACUUCCCGACUCAAGCCCAGCUUUGGAACUUUUACAACUGAGUGACCAGGGUAAUUGGGUAAAUUUCAAUCUCGUAGAGGACCACAAAUUGGCCUGGAUGCGGGAUAUUCCGGCCAAGAUGCGGGAACUGAAACCCGGACAGCAGUUCAAUGCACGCUUCGAUUGGAAGGGCGUCCUCCUGCCUCACACUCUCAAGGAUGCAGACUUACCAGGGCAGUUGGAUGAGCGGGAGCUCUAUUUGCACGGCGAAGAAGCCGAUCGGCCGGGCUAUACUCUCCAGGAACUCUUUCGCUUGGCAAGGUCUACUGUGUUGCAGCAAAGAAUCUCUGCAUUUGGUGCAGUGGCUGGGAUUUUUAGCAUUUACAGUCAGGGAUUUUAUGACCAAGUCCUAACUCUGCCAAUAUCAAAAAUAUUCUUUUUGCUACGCUACGGCCUGGAUGACAAUGCCCCCGCCCAACUUGAGGUUGUGAGCCGUUCCCUGGCCAACCUAUUCUAUAAUGAAACGGACGAGAUAUUGCUUGAUCAUGUCCAUGAUAACGCGUAUUGCCACUGGCAGCCCACGCUCCAGGUCUUGGGAAGUCAAGGUGAAGAUAAAGCCGGAGAUUCCGAUCCAGAUUCCAUUGCCUUCCUGCAGCGCUAUAUGAAGCUACUGACAACCAGUCAGAGCGUGCGUGCCGAUGUGGAUGAAGAUGAGUCCGAAAACCGUAUGUCCAUGGAUGACUUCCAAUUGGCCGAGACUGAUCUCAUAGAUUGUCUACUACGAACAAAUGUACUGCAAAGGAUUAGAUUUAUCUUGGACUCGGUGAAACCGGAAAAUAGCACCGUGGAGUCCUGUCUGAAGCUGCUUAUAAGAAUCGCACGAACUAAUAUCAAGGUGGCCCGACAGUUGGCCGAUGAAAGCUAUCUUUUGGAAGUACUCUUCACUAAUUUUUUGCCUCCAUCGCUGGGCAACAAUCAGUUUUAUGGACAGCCCCAAACGCUGUUCCUGAAACUCAUCCGAGUGCUGACCUGCCAACAUCUGGACAUCGCCAAGAUUCUAUCUAAGGGAGUGCUAAUUGCACGGUUACAACAAUACUUGUUUUCCCAAGACAAUAAGGGCCCGAUGGUGCGUGUUCAGAUCGAAGCAUUGAGGCUACUGCGCUGUCUGCUUAUCCUGGGAAUCGUGAAUAGAGAUGUCUUCAGACAGUUUCUGCCCGCACUUCGCCAGCUCUUGGGCUGGCACUGCAAUCACUGUGCCUUUGGCGAUGUGGGCGGUUCGGGGCUGGUGCGCCAACACGCAGCCGCCCUGUUGGCCGCCCUUGUGGCUAGCGGCGAGAGCGGGGUCUGCGACGUGGAGGGACAGAAGCUGCUCUUGGAACCGUUGAACAACUGCUGCUGCAGCUGGCUGCAUGCGGCUACUCGCAUGGAUAGGAUCAAGGAUUUUAGUCAAAUGACGCUUCUGAGUGCCGCCUUGUAUGCCGUGUCCUGGUUCUCGCGGAAUGGUUACCUAGGACCCAACAGCUUCCAGCCCUUUCUGCGCAGCAUUUUACCAAAAUUCGUGCAGUCCAGCAGCUUCAUUGCAAGCGUCCAAGACCUGGCCAAGGGAUCCAUAAUGCUGAGACGCCCCAUAGAUCGUCGCCACGCGCACGCGGCGUUACCAAAUGUGGGCGCAGUUCUGAUGCACGACUAUGGGCCGCAGCUGAUUCUCAGUGAGACGUAUCCGGUGCAUCUAUUGAGUAAUCUCUGGACCCUGCUUGCUGCCGUGUCGGUGGAGAGCAGCGAGAAGCGUCCAUUGUUCGAUGCACUUAUGCAACCGGCGGUGCUGGAGCCAUUGGCUGAGUAUCUGCGGCAGCUCAGUUCGCAACUAAAUCGGGUCCUGGCCGCCAACUUUUUCGCCCGCAGCGAGCUAAGGUUCAUCCACCAGCUCCUGACCACCGACGGAAUGGAGACAUAUUUGAAGCGUUCGCAGCUACUGCAGUUGGUCUAUAAUUACCUGUGUUGCUUGUCAACCGCCCAUGCUGCGCAGAUUAAGAGCACUUUUGAGCGAUUCAUCUUCAAUGGAGAAUAUGUGAAGCUGGACGAAGCCAGUCUGAAGCUGCUGCAGCAGACUUGUCUGGAGAUAGUAUAUCCCCACAUAAUAGCAGACAACUCGGAGCCAUCGCUAUCCUUGAGUUACACCCAAACACCCAUCCUGCCCGCCGACUGGCCCUUUUUCCAGAUGCGGCUUAUCCUCAGCAAUUACUUGCAAAAUGUGCAGCAGCAACCGGCAGCCAUAUACUCAGAAAACCAGGUGGUCCGCAUGACGUUCUCGUUCGUGAGGGAAUUGGAACGGGAGGGCCUGCAGGUUGUUAGCCCGUUUGAGAAGCUCAUGUAUCUGAUGAUUGCCUUCAUGGGCCCAGACUCACAGUUUCUGGAGCAGGAUUUGCAUGAGUUGCUGCGGGAUUACCUGAUGGAUUUCUACGAGCAGAAUGCCGCCCAUGACUUUGAAUUCGACGCGGAGCUGAUGGAUAAGGCUAGGUUCGAGCCACUCUACUAUCUGUUUGUAGAGCACUUCGAGGCAGCCAGCUACGGCGAUGAAUUGUUCAGCUCUUUGGUGUUGCUUCCCCUGGCUCAAAAGUACGAUAACAAGUGGCGGCGUCGUCUAUGGUCCGAGCAUGUGCAGGCAGUGCGUUUCCUCAACUGCGAUGAGAGCUUGCUAAUCGGAGGAUUAUCUGCUUAUCUGGAACCCGUAGAAGAGGAGCCAUCACUUGUGCAGCUGUAUGGAGAUGCGUUAGAGCAAAGGCUGGUCCGACCCGGUAGCAUAGCCUUUCGGAUAGCUCAGCACCACUUUAACCACUCUAAGUCGGUGCAUAAGGCGAAACUUUUUUGAUUAUCUUAAUUGCUGAUAUAGCUAUAGAGCUAUUCCAAUGAGUUUGCUAAAACAACGAUAAAGCGACAGGUAAUCGAACUAUUGGAAAUCGGUCUUAGAGGGAACUUCGUCGGUGUAUAGAACUUAAAGGUGCUGAAAUUUAACCAAAUAGCUUUAAUCGGCGUGCCAGCUCCAUUUAAAUAGUCAGUAACGGAAGUCCCUAUUUUCAU